AUGGACACGUUAUCGCCGCAGACUCCGUCCUUCAGGAAGAGGUCGAUAUUCCGUCGCUUUUCAAGAAGAGACCGAGACGAAACCCCGCCUGCGUCGCCCUUUCUCAUCGACGAAUACCCAAGGUCGCCGAGGAGAUUACGACGUGCCUCCACUGCACCACCACCAAACCUUACACCACCGCCGUCUCCGCCAAACUCCAAUACUGGCAAAGCCGUAGCAAUAGAUACAUCCAAGCCGCGGCAACCCAAGCUGCUUAAGCAUGUCCGGCGCGUCGACCUGCCGCAGCGCCAGAAUGCACGAAGCCGAUUCACCCCACCCCCAUCACCUGAGCCACGCCGACGCGUCCUUGCGGAUGCGCUACCAACCAUACCUUUCCCGGGGAAGCCUCUGAUAACUCCGUGGAAUAUAUUCCUACCACCUUCGCAGAUUUACUCUUUGUAUCUUGGUUAUGCGCCCAAGGACAUGGACGACAAGUGGUUCAUAUACAGCGAAGGUCCAGACCAGGCUGGCAAGCUCAAAGUUCAUUUCCACAUGAGCGGCACAGGCAUGAAGGUGGCCGAGCUUUUUGUGGUUAUGGAUACCAAAGGUGAGGGUGCGGGCAAAAUUGUGGGCAUCAAGUGGAAUGGCGGAGCAGAGAUGAACUGGAUGAGUGAAGAGGAGGCCAAGUACAUGAUUCGGACGGCGUGUCGGUGGCAGCUGUCUUACUUUAUCCAAGUUGGCGUCAUCCAUCUCGCUUCUGCUGUCACCCACUUUUCUCCACCCAACCCAUGGCACCCGAGUGAGCCACGACAGGAUUCAAUCACAUCGGUCCGAGAUGCGUACCAACUUUGGGCCUUCCUCGGAGAGCUCUUCGCCGCAACCCCAACGCCUACCUGUCAAUCCAAGGAGACGUGCAAUGCGUGCAAUGUGCGCCGGGUCAAGUGCACGGGAGAGCAGCCCUGCCAAAGGUGCCACAAAGCCUCACGGCAAUGCGAAUAUCCCCAACAAGAGAAACAGAAGCACUCGUUGAAAGAUGAGCUUGAACGCUUACAACAGCGAUGUGCAGCACUCGAGGCGGGAUUCCAAGCCGCAGCACCGGAUGAGGCAACCGACUUCAUUGCCCAACUAGAUCAGAGGCGGGCUGUGUCGCACUCGAAUGCUCCUACCUUUAAUUCCAUGUCGGAAGAAUUGGAUGAAGCUGACAGCAACCAUGGCCGCUUGCUUGUUGAUUCUUAUGGCGUGGGAAGGUUCUUUGGUGAGACAUCGGGUGCUACCUUUCUCGACCAUCUGAAGCAGUUCAUGCUGACACUGGUUCCUCUGACCUUUCAUCCUGAUUCUGCAGACGGCUCUUCCUUUGUUGCUUCUGUUGGCAGUUACCAGACGUACGACUCCAGGCCGUUUCCAAAUCCAAACGUUGAUCCUCUAUGGCUACCCGCGCAGCCAGACAUGGCUUCAAUGCUUGGCGAACUGCGUGCAUACAUCCAGGAUGGUAAUGGCGAAUUCGUAUCGGGUGGCAUCUACUGUAGGCUAUGCCUGGGCCCCCAACGAUAUGAAAUUACUAACUGGGAGGACCGGUCAAGAUGGCUCUCAGUGCUGAUGGGGCGCCCACCUACGAUACCCGACGAGGCUAUGAGGCUUCCUCUACCUUGUGAUGAUGGCGCCAUGCCCCCGUGUGCAGGUCUCCGGGCACAUAUUGAGCUGUCCCGAAUUUCCGGGUACAUUGUGUGCGAGACAUUCAAAAUUGCACCUCGAAACUACACGCCCGGCUAUUCGGCUCUGAAGGUUGACAAGGCGGUGAAAAUGCUUGUGGAUUGGAAGUCGCAUUUGCCGCAGGUCUUGGCAGCCGAUGAAAGCGCUGACCCCGCGGUGCUUUCUCUGCAUCUGGCCGCGAACCAGCUCAUGGUGCUGACAACUCGGCCGAUUCUACUGGCGGCGGUCAAGCAAGCAGUUGCCGAACGGUACAUGAACGGUCAAUGGUCGUUGCAACAGCAUGCGCAUAUCACACAUAUCCAGGCUUGCUUGGAGGCGGCACAUGGCAAUCUGGUACUCGCCGAGCGACUACGAUGCAAGAGGAAGCUGCUCCAGGCCGGCCUUCACUUUGUGUUCAAUGCUGCCGUGAUAUUAUUUCUUGAGCAGAUCUUGAGCGCUUCUCGCAGCCACCCAACGCCACCUUCACCCGAUAUAGCGACGCACGGGACCAAGCUCGAAUUUGCCAUUCGCACGUUUGCGGACGAAUCAAAGACGGGAACGAACUAUCCAAGAGAUUGCUUCAAGAUUCUACAGGACCUCAAGGCUCUAGUGCAUCGCUAUCUAUCUCACAGUCAAGUCAACUUGCUUCAUGGAAGUAACGCUAGCUUGGGUGCCAAUGCAGGUGCUCCGGGGCCGCAGCCCGCGGCCCAACCAGGCGCAGAAGGGCAAAGCAAAGCGAACAGCACUGAGGCCAGUCCCUUAUACCAAGAGAUGCGUAUCUGGAUACAGAGCGACGGCUUGCAGCUACAGAACAGCUUACUCAUUUAA